AUGAAAGAUAUUGCUCUUUUUUUUUUGCCGCUAGGAUUAAUAUUAUCCUUCUUACUAUUAAGUGGUGUUGCAAUGUUUCAACGCUUGGCUAUAUUUCUUCAAAAGAAGAGUAUAAGUUUUCAACUAUCAUCUCAUAAGAUAAAUAUAUCAAUAUCGUCCAUUAUUUCUUUCUAUGCCUUAUUAAGAUUAUUAUGCACUAUUAUUGAAUUAAAUAAUAUGAAUAUUGAGAAAGAUAACUAUGAAAACAUAACAUCUCUUAACUACAAUAGGUCUUAUUUAAAAAAAGUAAGACUUCAAAGAAAUUUCUGGAUAUUAUUAUUAUGUUCUAUAACAUGGAUAUUUUAUAUAAGAUUUACUUAUCUACUUAUAUAUUAUCGUGAGAAAGUAAAAGAAAGUGAUGAGCAAUAUGAAAAGGUUUUAGAGACUAAAGGACAGAAUCAAGAUUAUAAGAAAAAAAAUUAUAACAAAGAAGAAAUAACAAAACAUAUGAAACAAGAUAAGGAUGAUGUAACAUCUUUGAAAAAUUAUAAUGACAUGUCAACAAAUAAUGAUGAAACCCCAAGAAGUGCAGCAUCAGAAGAGUGUGAACAUUUUAAAGACAAGUCAACACUUCUAAAUAAGGAUCUUAAAAUGUCUGGCAUAAGACAAAGGAAAUAA